AUGGCUGCUUCUCCACACUACAGCAGACACCGGCCAAGGCGGUACGGUAACACCGCUGCCGGCUUCCAGGGUCCCGCAGUUCCGGCGGACGCUAAUGUGGAUGAACAAUCUGCCUCACCACUCUCCUCGUCAUCUGCCGCUUCGAGAACUACUAGUUGGGAUGAACACCAUCCGCCAGCCCUCCAUUCCUCAGCAGAGUGGAGUGUACAACCUUGCUCUUCUAGUGGUGCGGCAGAUAACAUACUUUCUGUAACUCCAGAUAUUGACCGCAUAAGGCAUACUUUAGACAUACGAACAUUUCAACAGUAUUCAGGUGCUAUCCCGACCUCGGGGAUCCAUCCGCAUAUGACGAACAGCAUUCCGGAACCCGCCACCUUCGUCGAUGGCCAGAACCAUGGUACUCAUAACGCGCGGCUGGGGUCAUUUAAUGCGGAUUCGCAGAACCCGCCAGAUUCCCAGCUCUCCGUCGAGAUGCAGCCCAGCUUUCCCGGGGCCGGCCCGUCUCUGAAUGGCGAAACGACGACUUCGACCAACCAAUCAAAGCCCCUUAUCAAGCCGCGGGUCAUCGUCUUUAGAUGCAAGCCUUCUCUCGAUGACCCAAACGCCGAGUGCCAGACCUGUCGAGAUGUCCAGAAGGAGUCUAAAAGGUUGUUCAUAGGCUCCCGUGCCUUCGUUGGAAGAUUACAGACAUUGUGCUUUGUAGAGCAGACAUUGGUCACGGCGGCUCUCUCGGACUCACUGAGCGAUGGCAAGGUUUUGCAAUACGGGAUGUUACUGAAUGGUCUAGUGAAGCGCCACGCACUAUUCACAUUACUCUUGGAAUUUGCCCUACGCCUCUCGCCCUCCAAGUGA